CAAGAGCCUCAAGGUAAGUCAAUAAUAAUAUCUUUACAGCCUGAUGAUCUUUUCAUUACUAAGGUCAAGACUUCAGCCCCAAAAAUCGAGAAGAAACCGAGUGACAAUCAAUAAAAUAGCGAAACAGUUUUCAGCCAUAGAUCAGAUCCCAGAACAUAAUCUUUUCCAAAAAUCAGAAAUUAACACAGUUUCAAAACAAGAUGAUUCUUAUGAGGAAAGAAAGAAGAAGAGAGCUAAGAGGCUAGAGAAAUGGAAUGUCUUAAUAGAAUCCAUAGAUUUUCGGCCUAAGGAUCAUUCUUACUACAGAAAUCUCCCAAUAAAGCCAGGAAUUGAUAUCUACAGAGCAAUUAUUGAUUCGAAACUGCCAUUCUCCAGAUUAAAAGUGAAAAUUCAUGAAACCUUGGCUACAUUUGACAAAAUAUACUGGAUUGGCUAUAACUACCAAACAGGGACAAGCUUCUUAAGAGAAGUUGACGAUUGGAAUGCGACACCAAAAAUAAUUGAUAGGAAUACUCUCACUCCUGAUACUGAAUGAAAUGGAUAUGUAGACACUUUGGAAUACAUCGACACAAUUUACUAUAAGAACUAUGACCUCAAUCGGGACCAAGACCCUGCAUGAAUCACAAAGUGAUGGGAUAGCUAUCCGAAUACUGAACAAAUCGAGGUCCUAUCAUGGGAUAAGCUUAAGCAGGGUUAUUCUGAUGGGCCUCCAGCUCCUGGUAUCAUGCAGAAGUACAUUAGCUCUCCCACUAACAAAGCAACGAUGUACAGAGUGGUUUUCCAUAAUCCUAAUAACUCAAAUACAAAAGCUGAUUUUGGAUUUUGCCUCUCAAACAAGAAGAACUAUUAUGAUCCAGGAGCAAUGAUGGAGGAGAGAUUUCUCCAUGUUUCUGAGAGAGUUGGAUCAUUUAAUGUCUAUAAGAUUGCAGGGAAGAUCGUCCAGGAGUUCAGUCAGUACGCCUACAACCUUUGUCAAUUCAUUGAACGUAGCCACUCUUUAAUGAUAGAAAACAUGGUCGUUGAUUUCCUCAAAGAUGAAUAUGGCAACAUAUUCUUCAUCAAUGUAAAAAGCUUUAAGCUUGUACAUGCUCAAAUGUAUAAUGAGCUAGCUUGACUGACAUAUGAGCAGAAAUAACAACAGAAGAUUGGAGAUUAAAGACAGAGCCAAUAAGGCUAAUAACACAGUACAGUGCACAUUUUGAAGGAUCAACUUCAAGAACUGUGAAGUUACUAAAAUUGUUAGUAUGAACAUGCUGUUUGCCUUAAAACAACAUCUGAACAAACGAGGAAUCUUUAAAUUUGAAUAUCUAGAAAGGUUCAAAGGAUGUCAGCUCAGCUGCAAAGUAUGCGAUUUAUGAUAUCUUCUGGUCGUAGCAGAACAUGAGCUCAUUGAAAUUGAGAAACUAUUUUGUAAAGCCCUUAACAUUCCCAUAAAAGAUGAAAAUGAACCUCCUUCGAAACAAGCUCAAGCAAUGGUUGAAAUCGUAAAAGGAAUGGAAUCUAGAAAAAUUAAUUCAAAUCGUUUCAAAGAUCAUCUUAUGCAGUGGAGAAUUUUAUUUUUCUUCCAAGAUUUGCAAGACAAAUCCCUGCCUGAACUAGGAAAGGAAUCUAAAAAGGGAAAGGUGUAUAUCCACAUAAAAUUAUUUGAUUUUAUAACUUCAAUCCUCAUCUUUGAUAAAAAUACUUAUCAGCCGGUUCCUGUGAGGCAAGGGAAGAUCAUAAAUAUGACGCCUGCAACCUUGUCACCUGUUCGGAAAAUUGAAACGAGCAAAUCAAAAAUGGAGAAAGUAAUGACCUUCACUGGAGGAGUUACAACAAGAAAUGUUGAUGAAGAGAGAAUAGACUUCAGAUUCACAGACAAGACAGAAUACCUUCUAAAGAAAAUGAAGAUUCACUUCUUUUUCAGUGAAAAAGAUGCAAAUCUCGAGAAAUUCCUCAAGAAUACAGAGAUAGAAAUUAGAAUUACUGAUGGUCCCAGCUGGAAGAAAGUCAUGUAUAAAGCAACAUGAUCACCAUUUACAUUGUUUAGAAAUGAUUUCAACACUUCUGAAGACCUCAUCAAAAGACAGCAGUUUUUACUUUGCUUCACCAAUGAAGAGUGUCAAAAGCCCUUCUACUCGACUAUGACAGUAGGCUUAAAGAAAGACAGACAGGUGAAGGCAGAAAAUAUAGACUUAUACAAAUAUGGUCUUGUAUAUUUCCCAAAUCCUGAUUAUUAUAAUUCUGAUCCUUUACCCAUGGAAUGGCUUGAACUUUUCGAAGACUAUAAAUAAGCUCAGAGAGCACUACAAUGAAAACAAAGAGCUAAAGAAAUACGAAGAUCUAUUACGAGAAGAGUUAGAGAUAAAUAAUCCAAACUACUCAUAUACCAAAAAGAGAAGACUCUCUACUCCAAACAUAGAUAUAAAAUCCCUUAAUGCGAAAUCAGGCAAAUCCAGGACAUCUACUGGGGUAAUCAAUAGUCCCAAAGAAUCCUCUGAAUCAAAUAAGAUCAUGUUCAACAAGAACCCAGUGUUUUCAAACCUUCGGAAGAACUUAAUAAUGAACUUUAUGCCAUCAGAAAGACAACUCAAAAUAACAUAUGAAGAAGAGAAGAGCCCUAGUAAGUUAGAAACCAUUGUCGGCCAAAAAUCCUCCAUGGUUGAGUCAGAAUCGAAAGGGCCAGACCAAGAACCAAAGCCUAAGAAGAAAAUUUUAGUACGAAAAUAAAACCAUAGAAAGGCCUAUGACCAGUAGGCAAUACUACAUCAGGCCGAUCUCUGGCUUCAGGAGGUCACUUAGAGAUGAUUCAGUUGACACAAAUGAGAUGUCGGCCAAGUAUAAUAAUUACUUUGCCAAUGAUAUCCCAGAGAAAACAGAGAACGUGAAAAGACUCAGGAUCAAGAAAAGAAGAAAGAAGAGAAGAAAGCCAGCCCACAAAUGGACUCAAAGGGAGAUUUAUGUGACUAAAAAUAAAUCUUCUCUACCUCCUCUAGCUGGAGGAAAAUGUACAAAAGAUCUCAAAAGUAUGAAAAGUCUUAAAACUGCUAGAAAAGCAUCAGUUGAGAAGGAAGCGGCCACAACUAACUUCAACGCUUCAACCAAGCAUUCUAAAAAGGAUCCCUCUCACAUCAGAAAGAAUAUAUCAACUAUUACCAGUAAGAAACUAGCGACAACUUCUAUUAAGAAGGCUAAGCAUAGGAGGAUAUUUAGUGCAAGAUAAAUUUAUUGUUCAAUU